ACUAAGCUCAUAAGAGGGAAAAAAGCUGUGUGGGUCUCGUCCUGCCGCGAAUCUUCGAACGUAAACGGCGUUGUCAUCUGCAGACUCUGAAGAGCAUUCGAGGGACCGCGCGCCUGCUCCCGCCGUCGCAGUUUCCAGCGCGACGUGCUUGUUCCACCCGUGGCUCUGUAGAACCAGUUGUGCUGGACAGGAAGACUAAAACUUCUGUGGACCCAGGCGCCUCUGUAUACCAUGGCCCUCGUGUCUGCUGAUUCCCGAAUUGCAGAACUGCUCACGGAGCUCCAUCAGCUGAUCAAGCAAACCCAGGAAGAGCGUUCGAGGAGUGAACACAACUUAGUAAACAUCCAGAAGACCCACGAGCGGAUGCAGACCGAGAACAAGAUCUCUCCCUAUUACCGGACAAAGCUGCGUGGCCUCUACACAACUGCCAAAGCUGAUGCGGAGGCUGAGUGCAACAUCCUUCGGAAAGCCCUAGAUAAGAUUGCAGAAAUCAAGUCUCUGUUGGAAGAGAGGCGGAUUGCGGCCAAGAUCGCGGGCCUGUACAAUGACUCUGAGCCUCCUCGGAAGACCAUGCGCAGGGGGGUGCUCAUGACCCUGCUGCAGCAGUCAGCCAUGACCCUCCCCCUGUGGAUCGGGAAGCCUGGUGACAAGCCCCCGCCCCUCUGCGGGGCCAUUCCGGCUUCUGGGGACUACGUGGCCAAACCUGGAGACAAGGUGGCUGCCCGGGUGAAGGCCGUGGACGGGGAUGAGCAGUGGAUCCUGGCCGAGGUGGUCAGUUACAGCCACGCCACCAACAAGUACGAGGUAGACGACAUUGAUGAAGAAGGCAAAGAGAGACAUACCCUGAGCCGCCGGCGGAUCAUCCCACUGCCUCAGUGGAAGGCCAACCCGGAGACGGACCCCGAAGCUUUAUUCCAGAAGGAGCAGCUUGUGCUGGCCCUGUAUCCCCAGACCACCUGCUUCUACCGUGCCCUGAUCCACACACCCCCACAACGGCCCCAGGAUGACUAUUCCGUCCUUUUUGAAGACACCUCCUAUGCAGACGGUUACUCCCCUCCCCUCAAUGUAGCCCAGCGGUACGUGGUGGCUUGUAAGGAGCCCAAGAAAAAGUGAAGUGGCCUAGUAGACUCACAAUCAGCUGACACCCUCAAAGGGGGACACACAAGAUUUUGUGAUCAAAU